GACGCAUAUAUCUCAUCCCACUACGCCAUUCUAUCUAUAUAUAUUUUUUAUCAUCUAUUUAUACUUGUAUUACUCACCAGUACCAACCACACGAUCCCCAACCCUCAUUACCCCCUUCCUAAAAUGCCCCCCACCACCACCACUCCUCCCCCUCCCCAACCCCCUCAUGACCCCUACCCGCACCCCGAAAAACAAACCCUCGAAGCCAAAUCCGCCUUCACCGCAACCCUCCUCAACACCGCAACCACCUACACCACGCCCCUCGUGGACCGGGCCCACACCCUCACCACGAACGCCACCCAUCUCGAGAGUCAACAACUCGAGCUGGAGAAGUCCACUGCGGCAUUGGGGAAGCAGAAUGAUGCGUGGGAGAAGGUCGCGGAGGAGGCGCGACUGGGGUUGAAGGAGAUAGGCGAUGUGCAGAAUUGGGCGGAGGUGAUUGAGAGGGAACUUUUGGUGUUGGAGGAGUACUGGUAUAGGGAAAGGGAAGGGGAAGGAUGACGGGAUUAGGAAUCGGGAUGAGCAUGAAGGAGAAGGAGAAGGAGAAGGAGAGAGUGAGGGAGGUAACGAGGCGGGGAAAAGCACUGGUUGGCUCAAGUGGUGGUGAUGUAUUUGUCUACUUAUUAUGAGGUGUAUGUCAGG